GAUAAGGCCGCGCUGAUAAACGAGACCAGGCGGCGCUUCGAGGCGGAGUACCUGCCAGAUAAAUCAGAUAAAUACGAUUCUAGAGAUGUGGAAAGAUUUCAGCAAGAUGACAAAUGGAUUGAAAACUAUCUGAUUUGGCGUCAUGAUGUUGUGGAUGAUACUCUAAAGAUGAUUGAUGAAAGCUUUCAGUGGAGGAAAGAAUAUACAGUUAAUGACUUGUCAGAAUCUGUCCUUCCAAAAUGGUUAUUUGAAACUGGUGCUCUCUUUCUGCAUGGAUACGAUAAAGAGGGCUAUAAAUUAUUUUGGUUCAAAGUGAAGCAUCAUAUAAGAGACCCUAAACAACAAUUUGAGAAAAAGAAACUUGUAGCAUUUUGGUUAGAACAUUAUGCCAAGAGAGAGCAUGGAAAGCCCUUAACAGUGGUAUUUGACAUGGCUGAAACUGGAAUCAGUCACAUAGACUUGGAUUUUGUUCGGUUUAUUGUCAGCUGUUUUACAGAUUAUUACCCAAACUUGCUCAGAAAGAUAGUAAUAUUUGAAAUGCCAUGGAUCAUGAAUGCUGCUUUUAAAAUCGUAAAGGGUUGGCUUGGCCCAGAUGCAAUAAGCAUGUUGAAGUUCACAAAUAGGAGUGAUGUUCAGGAACACAUCGGUGCAGAGUAUCUGCCACCUCACAUGGGUGGAACUGAUUCCUUCAAGUACAGUUAUCCUCCAUUGGUUGAUGAUGAUUUUCAAACUCCUUUAUGUGAAAAUGGGCCCAUUACUAGUGAAGAUGAGCAUGAAAGUAAAGAAGAGCUAGAAGCAGACACCAAGUUAAUCAUUAUAACUACCAUUUUUACUCAGAUGAAUUCUAUAGAACAAAUUGCCAAAUCAGAGGAAAGUGAAAAAACAGACGUCAAACCAAAAAAUGCAAAGAAAGCAUUAACCACUUUUAAAGGACCUUUAUUACAUAUCAGCCCAGCAGAAGAGCUAUAUUUUGGAUCGAAAGAAACCGGAGACAAAAAAUGUUUGAUAGUUCUCACAAAUGUCACUAAAAACGUAGUGGCUUUUAAAGUGAGAACAACUGCUCCUGAAAAAUACAGGGUUAAACCCAGUAACAGCAGCUGUGAACCUGGCACAUCACUGGAUAUAAUAGUCUCUCUUCAUGGUGGUUUUGCAGCUUCUCUGCAGGAUCGGUUCCUUAUAAUGGCAGCAGAGAUGGACCAGUCUUCUGGAGGAGGUGUACCAGAACUGGCUCAGUUUUGGAAAGAAGUCCCUAGGACCAAAGUGAUGGAGCAUAGGCUCAGGUGUCAUGUCACAGAAAGUAGUAAGCCUUCCUCUCUGACAUUUAAAGAGAAUGCAUUUAAUAUUCCAGCAAAAACCAAUGAAGAUUUACAUAUACAGCUAACUCAUUUACUGCAAAUUAAUAAAAGACUUGAAGAGCAGAUGAAUCGCUGCCUCUGGUUCCAGCAGUUGUCAGUUGUUAUAUCAUUGCUAUCAGUUACUGUUGCUGCCUUCUGCUUCUACCUGGCAUAUGACCAGAGAAGCUAAAAAGAAUUGCUGUGCCCUGGAUGUGCUGCUGCCUAUCAUGAUUCAUUGGAGUAGAAGAGAUUGCAGUUUUGCACUUAGUUUCUGGAACUGCCAAAACGAGGUCUGUGAG